CUCCAAGCCACUCCUCACCAAUUUGAACCACAAUUGCCUCAACGGAUCGCCAUCUCUCGUGCGAUCUUCCUUCAGCAUCAACGCCUCUUCAUCUCUCAACGUUCGCCUCUACUCUGUCAUCAGGGCAACCUCGAGCCCCCUUCGCGUCAAUCGUUCCCGUAGAACCCAUCUCAACAACCGACCUGCUGUCAGGUACUGUUCCUGCCGCAGAAACAACAUGUGCAGACACUCCGGCGCGGCCGACCCCUCCAGUGCGGUCAACAUCACUGGGCGGGAGCUUCUCCCAGCCAAUGUUGUGCCCAAGCACUACGACCUGACCCUCGAGCCCGACUUUUCUAAGCUGACCUUUGAUGGUACUGUCCUGAUCGAUCUCGACGUCGCUGAGGACUCCAAAUCCAUCUCCCUGCACACCCUCGAGCUCGACCUUCACUCCGUCAAGAUCUCCGCAGAUGGCAAGGAUGUCAGCUCUUCUCCUCAGAUCUCUUACGACGAGAAGACUCAGGUCUCCAAGUUCGACUUCGCGGACGCCAUCUCCAAGGGUAGCAAGGCCCAGCUGGAGAUCAAGUUCACUGGCCAGCUCAACGACAAGAUGGCUGGGUUCUACCGCUCUACGUACAAGAAGUCCGAUGGCACCGAGGGCAUACUAGCCACGUCCCAGAUGGAACCCACCGAUGCCCGAAGGUCGUUUCCAUGCUUCGACGAGCCCUCUCUGAAGGCCACCUAUACAGUGACUUUGAUCGCCGACAAGAAUCUCACUUGCUUGAGCAACAUGGACGUUGCUUCAGAGACUGACGUCCAUUCUGCCAUCAGUGGCUCGACUAAGAAGGCCGUCAAGUUCAACAAGUCGCCCCUCAUGUCAACGUAUCUGGUCGCGUUCAUUGUUGGCGAGCUGAACUACAUCGAGACCAAGGAGUUCCGGGUCCCUGUCCGGGUAUAUGCGCCUCCAGGCCAAGACAUCGAGCACGGUCGAUUCUCACUGAAUCUGGCCGCUAAGACGCUUGCCUUUUACGAGAAAGUCUUUGGCAUUGAAUUCCCUCUGCCUAAGAUGGACCAGGUUGCCAUUCCCGACUUUGCUCAGGGUGCAAUGGAGAACUGGGGUCUUGUUACCUACCGUGUGGUGGAUCUGCUCCUCGACGAGAAGGCCAGCGGCGCUGCGACUAAGGAGAGAGUCGCCGAGGUCGUGCAACACGAGCUUGCUCACCAGUGGUUCGGCAAUCUGGUUACCAUGGACUGGUGGGAAGGUCUCUGGCUGAACGAAGGUUUUGCCACCUGGGCCUCGUGGUACUCUUGCAACGCCUUCUACCCUGAAUGGAACGUUUGGCAGACUUUCGUUACCGAUACCCUUCAGGGCGCUCUGUCUCUAGAUUCUCUGCGGAGCAGUCACCCAAUCGAGGUACCUGUGAAGCGGGCCGACGAGAUCAACCAGAUUUUCGAUGCCAUUUCCUAUUCCAAGGGUUCAUGUGUCCUUCGAAUGAUCUCGACAUACCUUGGGGAGGACAUUUUCCUCGAAGGCGUCAGGCGGUACCUGAAGAAGCACGCAUACGGCAACACGCAGACUGGCGACCUGUGGGCAUCUCUCGCUGAUGCAAGUGGCAAGAAGGUCGAAGAAGUCAUGGCCUCGUGGACCAAGGAGAUUGGAUAUCCCGUUGUCACUGUUUCAGAGAGCGGCCCUGACACUGUUCAUGUGAAGCAGAACCGUUUCUUGCGAACUGGCGACGUGAAGCCCGAGGAAGACAAGGUAAUCUAUCCUGUCUUGCUCGGUCUCCGUACUAAGGACGGUGUCGACAAGUCUCUUGUUCUCGACCAGCGGGAGCAAGAUUUCAAGAUUUCGAGCACCGACUUCUUCAAGCUCAACGCCGACCACACGAGCCCUUACCGUACCUCAUACGCUCCAGAACGCCUCGAGAAGCUUGGCAAGGCUGCCAAGGAAGGUCUGUUGACAGUCGAGGACCGCGCCGGCAUGAUUGCAGACGCAGGCGCUCUGGCAUCAUCAGGCUUCCAAAAGACGUCUGGGGUUCUGAGCCUCCUGAAGGGCUUCGAUUCCGAGAAUGAGUUCGUUGUCUGGAACGAGAUCGUUGCACGCCUUACUGCCGUGCAGUCUGCCUGGAUCUUCGAGGACAAGGCUGCCCGAGACGGAUUGGAGAAAUUCCACAACUCGCUUGUCAGUGGCAAGGCACACGCGAUGGGCUGGACUUUCAGCGACAAUGAUGGCCAUGUCGAGCAGCAGUUCAAGGCGCUGCUCUUUGGCAGUGCUGGUCUGUCUGGGGACGAGCAAAUCAUCAGCGCUGCGAAGGACAUGUUCAACAAGUACAUGGCCGGGGACAAGUCGGCCGUUCAUCCCAACAUUCGUGGCAGCGUUUUUGCAAUGGCCCUGAAGUAUGGUGGCGAGGAGGAGUACAACAAGAUUCUUGAUUUCUACCGGGGCUCGACCAACAGCGACGAGCGGAAUACCGCCUUGCGCAGCUUGGGGCGUGCGAAGCAGCCCGAGCUCAUCAAGCGUACCCUUGACCUGCUAUUCAGUGGCGAGGUCAAGGACCAGGACAUCUACAUGCCGACGUCCGGACUGCGCAGCCACCCCGAGGGUAUCGUAGCUCUGUUUAACUGGAUGCGCGAGAACUGGGACGAGCUUUACAGGCGACUACCCCCCGCGUUGUCUAUGCUGGGCUCGAUGGUGCAGAUCAUGACGUCGAGCUUCACGAAGCCCGAGCAGCUGGCGGAAGUGGAAGCCUUUUUCAAGGACAAGAGUACCAACGGUUACGACCAGAGCCUUGCUCAGAGCACCGACAGUGUUCGCUCGAAGAUCGCAUGGCUCGGCCGUGAUCGCUCGGACGUAGCGGGCUGGCUGAAGGAGAACGGCUACGGUGCGUAGGUCGUCUAUCUGCCAGCAUCUUCACAAGCCGGCUUGGAUGGUACUCUUGAGUGGCAAGAUACGGACGAGUUCCGCAGACAGGUUUGGGAACGAUGGGAACGGAACAAUUGGACUGCAUGAGGACUUGACUGAUGCUGACAUGGGAAAUUCGUCCAGCUGCGGUCGUCCAAAGUAGAAUAUUGCAUCUCUAGAUCCCUAGCAUCUAGAAGCUUUGAGGAAAAGAAAGAAGACAAACAAAAAAGAAAAGCAUUGAUUAG